AUGACUACUAUACCCGAUUUUUUCGCUGGACAGCACGUGUUCCUCACCGGCAUCUCCGGAUUUCUCGGCAAGGUGAUGGUGGAGAAACUGUUGCGGUCAUGUCCUGACGUGGAGGCUAUCUACGUACUCAUUCGAGAGAAGAAAGGAACUAACGGCCAAGAUCGCCUCAACGCGAUCCUGACCGAGAAAUUGUUCGAUAACCUGCGACGUGACAAACCCGAAUGCUUCACUAAGGUGAAGUUCAUCUCUGGAGAUCUGUUGAAGAAUAAAAUUAUACUCCACGACAAUGACCGAAGCAUGCUCCACGACAAAAUCACUGUGGUUAUCCAUUCGGCUGCUUCGGUGCGUUUCUCUGAACCACUCCGUAGCAGCGUCGAAAUGAACCUCAGAGCUACCUACAAGGUCCUUGAGUUCGCGAAGAGCGUGAAAAACCUCGUUUCUUUUGUGCAUGUCUCGACAGCUUACUCGAACUGCCAGUUUAGGGACGUCGGAGAGAGGACUUACAAGUGCGAGCUGAAGCCAGCUCAUGUGAUGUCGAUGUGUGAGUGGAUGACCGAAGAUCUUCUCGAGCACUUGACCCCGAAGCUCUUGAAGGAUAGGCCCAACACCUACACGUUCACAAAAGCCCUAGCCGAAAACCUGGUUGAAGAAUACUCUCACAAAAUGCCCAUAGUGAUAGUUCGUCCAUCGAUUAUCACCGGGGCCGCUUUCGAACCGUUGCCUGGUUGGGUGGACAACUACAAUGGCCCAAACGGGCUCUUGAUCGCACUGGGGACCGGAGUCCUGACCAGUCUCUACACUCAACUCGACUGCACUGCUGACUUGAUACCCGUGGAUCUUGUGGCGAACACGAUCUUGGCAGCGGCGAAGGACACUAAGGAAGGUUUCAAGAUAUACAACUGUACGUCAGGUGGUCAGAACCCCGUGAAAUGGCGGACAUUCAUGGAACAAUCCGUCGACUUCCCGCACCAAUAUCCGACGACGUCGAUUGUGCGUUAUCCGCACCCUCGAAUCACCUCGUAUAAAUUCUUGCAUCAAGCUCGUCUCUUCCUACAGCAUUACGUACCGGCACAAAUGAUCGACGCCGUGCUACGCUGUGCGGGCAAGAAACCGGUGCUCGCGCGUCUCUACGAGCGCCUGUCCAAUUCGAUGGGUCUCUUGGAGUUUUUCUCUACGAACGAAUGGACUUUCGAGAACACGAAUACUCAAAAGCUCUUCGAGAGCCUGCAUCCAAGCGACAAGAGUGAAUUCAACUUCGACGUGCGCACCAUAGAUUGGAAUUCCUAUGUGCAAAGUUACUGUUUCGGUAUUCGUCAAUAUAUCCUCAAAGAGGACUUGACGAAUUUAGAUCAAGCCAAGAGUCAUCUCAGACGUUUGAAGUACGUGAAUUACGCCACAAACGUAGUUUUGGCAGUCGGAGCCUGGAAAGCUUGCUGCGCCGUACUGCCUUGCUCCGAUCUUACCGGUCUUUGUUAG